GAAAAGCUAAAAAAAAAAUCAUCUUUUUUUCUCGAUGCUAAACUGGUAAUGUGUCCUUAUUUCUCAUUCGUUAGCCAAUUAAGAGACAUUUAGAACAUUUGCAGAACAAUAGAUAUACUUUCAGAUGUUUAAAAAAACAAACACACCUGUGUGUGUAUUCAUAGGCCUUGUAUUACAAAGGCUAAAUCUGAUAUGCUUUCUGAUCCCAUUGAGAUAUCAGUAAUCACAUCGGGUGGAAAAUUGCUUUGGAAUGGUAUAGGUCUAAUCUGGCAAAGUUGCAUUCUGGGCUAGUUUAUAAAGAACUGGGCGGCUCUUAACGAGAUUGCACUGGAAAGUGUCCAUCCAGUGUAGUGUAGGCUGUAUGAGCAUUUCCCUCUCCUGCCUACUACGUACACCGGUGCUCCAUUAGUAUUAGUGGAGGCUUAUGGGGAGCUCAGUAAAGCCACACUCAGCCUAUGGGCGGAUACACCACCACUGCCCUCUCCACCUUAGACACACACUAGAGAGGACUGACUGCCUCGUAGCCACACGUAUAUCUGGAAAUACUUUUGGAUCUUCACAAGUUACGUCGAUUUAAAAAAAUAAAUAAAUAAAAAAUCAUCUGCAAUAUCAGAAAGGUGGUGUUUAAAUAUUAGCUGCAAACUGGUUGUAUUUACGCUCAACACCUCUUUACUUUUAGAGGCAUUUUAUUAUCUGUGUCUGUUUCGAUUAUGGCUUGUGUCCUGGACUUGAAAGGUGAUCGGUGAUCGUGUUCAGCUGUGAAGUACACGAGCGGAGUGAAGCAUGGAGAAUGUGACAUUAUUUGGAAAUGCUAACCAGACUCUAAGCAUAUGGACCGACCAAAGCAUCGAGUAUAAAGUGGUGAGUGUGUUGUUGGUGAUCAUCAUUUGCGGCGCCGGGAUCGUGGGGAACGUGAUGGUGAUCCUGGUGGUGCUCACGACCAAACACAUGCGGACUCCCACUAACUGCUACCUGGUGAGUUUGGCGGUCGCAGACCUCAUCGUGCUGACGGCGGCAGGUUUACCCAACAUCACAGAAAGCCUGUUCGGGGAGUGGGUGUACGGCUACGGCGGCUGCCUCUCCAUAACAUACCUACAGUACCUGGGCAUCAACGCGUCAUCUUGCUCCAUCACAGCCUUCACCGUGGAGAGGUACAUCGCCAUCUGCCACCCGAUCAAGGCGCAGUUUCUCUGCACCCUCUCCAGGGCAAAAAAGAUCAUUGUCAUGGUUUGGGCUUUCACCACUCUUUACUGCGUCAUGUGGUUUUAUCUGUCCGACAUCGAAAAGAUGAUCUACAACAACAUCACCUUAAGCGUGUGCUCUUACAAGGUAGCAAGAAGAUACUACAAGCCGAUAUACUUCGCUGAUUUCACUUUGUUCUACGUGGUUCCGCUGCUGCUGGCCUCCGUGCUGUACGGGCUGAUCGCCAGGAUCCUCUUUCUCAACCCCCUGCCGUCGGACCCCAAGGAGAAGGCGCAAACCUGGAGGAAAGGUUCGUGCGCAGAGAGCAAAAAGCACACCAAGAACUCUUCCUUUGGAAGCACAGCGGCCUCGCGAAGACAGGUGACAAAGAUGCUGGCUGUGGUGGUGAUUCUCUUCGCGUUUCUUUGGAUGCCCUAUCGUACACUGGUCGUGGUCAACUCGUUCCUAAAACUUCCCUACACUGACACAUGGUUUUUGCUCUUCUGUCGACUCUGCAUCUAUCUCAACAGUGCAAUCAAUCCUGUCAUCUACAAUGCUAUGUCUCAGAAGUUCCGUGCUGCUUUCCGUAAGCUGUGUAACUGCAGGCCGCAGAGCUCACAGAAGCCGGCUACAUACAGCAUGGCACUGACUUACAGUGUAAUCAAGGAAACCUCCAAUGGGCAGAGUCCAGACCACUUCCCCACAGAGAUGGAGGAGCUUCCAGGGCCUACAAAUGAAUUCCUGCCUGGAAGAAAUAAGAUUUCAUAUAAGGAAUCCUCAAUGUCAGACAGCACGUUAACUACAGCCUAGUUUUAUGGAUAGAUAAUUGUUCAUAGCCAAUAAUUGAUAAAUCAGUCUAAUUUUUCAAUGUUGAAUAAAAUAGACCAAAAUUUCGUCUAGUCGUCCAUAUUUGUUCUGGUAUGUUUUAAAAUCUAGCAGCAGAGUGUAAUGAUGUAAUAUACAGAAGUGGCCUAAAGUCUUUUCUCUAUAGACUUCUAGUGUUAAGUCAAUGAAAAGGCAGAGAAUGCACAGUAAAUCUUUCAAAUUGUCCUGCCCAGAUGAUUAAUAGCCUUGUGCUCAAAGCCCAUUUCACAUGGAUUAAUACAACUACUGCACAAUGCAUCAAUGUUAAAUACUUCUCCCCCGAAAGACUUGUUACAACGAUGGUUUCACGUUUACAUGCCACUGAGAUAUCAGAAACUGAUUUGUUGUAGUCGCUGUGGAAAUGGAUAGAGGUAUCAAGCUUACAUUUGCUAUCUUAUUUAUUUCAUGUCUAUGUUGUGUUAAUUCUGAUUAUUGUUUUGAAAGCUUUAAAGAAUGUAACCUUUAAAAAUAAAAUACAGCCAGGUAGAACAUACCGUACAGUGGAAUUUUGUGAGCAUGUUUAGAUGAAAAAAAAAAAAGUUCAUUUGAAAAUAUUCAUAAGACAAGGAAUAAAAGAGAAGAAGAAUGUACAUCUUGGUCAAUCUUAUUUUAUUAUGUAAAUGUGUUAUUUAAAGUAAAGGUGGCUGAUAAGGCAUUGCAAAUUUUAAAUUUUCUUUUGUAUGUAGCUUUAGAUGCAAGUUUGUGCUCCUGAAUGUGGUAUUUGAUAUAGCAUUAAAAACUUUAUAUAGACUGGUUUAAAAUAAAAAAUGCAUUCUGAUAAAUGUUCGUGUGAUGUUUGGUGCAAAAAAAAUGUUUGGUGCAAAGGAUACCCUGCUUUAUAUAGACUUUGGAAACCAUUCAGAAUGUACAGUACAAUGCCAUACUGUGCAACGUGCUUGGUAGUUCAUUGGGUGAAUGAUUAAAGUAUGCACAUGAUAUUUCUUGCUGUUGUCAUGAAUAUUUAUAUUUUGUAAGUUGCACCUUGUCUUGAAUAAACUGAUAGAAUGAGA